AUGAGGCCACAAUCAGCCAAAGUCACGUGCGAGGAGCUCACCUAUGACCGCAUCAUCUCCGUCCACAAGAACACUGAGAAGGAGCUUUGGCGGGGCAGCUUGGCCAUUUUCAUUCGCCGGUUCUGGAUGUGGUUCGGCCAAAACUCAUUCGGCCUGAGUCAACAGGGCACUGCACUCUCUUUGAUCAUGUCGCGUGCCUUUGGAAAAGCAGGCCGCUCGGGCGGCGCAAAGAGCUUUGGUGCCCCGGCGCGGGGCGGCUUCGGCGGCUUCUCCUCUUCGAACGACAAUGGACUGUCUUACCUUACCGAGCCGCCCGAUCUUUCCUCCCUUUCCGAUGCGAACGUUGUCGUUUCCUUCAAGAACGCCCUGAAGAAAGAUGCUACGACAAAAGCAAAGGCAUUGGAGGAACUCGUGGCAUACGUGCAGGCUCACCCAUAUGAAAAGGAUGGUGGAACAGAGGAGGCAGUCUUGGAAGCAUGGGUACAAAUAUAUCCUCGUAUCUCCAUAGACAACGCCCGUCGCGUCCGCGAGCUCUCCCAUAUCCUGCAGUUCGAGUUGAUGAAGUCGGCUCGCAAGCGCAUGGAGAAGCAUAUCCCCAAAAUUGUUGGUACCUGGCUCGCAGGUCUCUAUGACAAGGAUCGUGUGGUAUCCAGGGCAGCGGAUGCCGGCCUAUCGUCAUUCCUGAAUAGCCCGGAGAAGGUCGUUUCGUUCUGGAAGAAGUGCCAGUCCCAGAUUUUGACCUACGCCACCGAGGCCAUCCAGGAAACAAAGGACACAUUGAGCGAUGAGAGGUCAACGACUCCAGACGAUGCCGAGGCUAAGUACCUAAGGGUGGUGGGGGCCAGUCUUUCCUUGGUUCUUGGUCUCCUGCAAAAGUUGGAGCCGGCCGACAUUGAAAAAGAACAGGAGGCAUACGAUACCUUUUUCGCCGAGGAGAAGGUCUGGAAGAGCGCGCUUAUGGCUGACAACUCUGUCAGGAAAACAUCCUGCCAGCUGCUGUGGAUUUGCUUGGACAAGAGGUCCGACUCGACGUCCUCGCAGAUCUCCCGCCUGAAGAAGAUCUUCAUUGCAGAGGGCCUGAAGAGCAGCCAGAUUGGAUCUGCUAUAGAGUUUGUCAGGGUUCUUACCAAGUUGACGAGCAGGUUCCCUGAGAUCUGGUCUAGCUCAAGUGAUAAGAAGACUCCGAUCACUAGGCUGAAUGGCUUCUUAGAGAAGGGAUCUCAGGGAAGCUCCGCGAAAUACUGGGAAUACCUCGAACAACUCAUCGUUGUCAUCCCAGCCGAGCACUUUACUGCUGAGGCUUCUGCAGCAGCCUUGAAGUCAUUGCGAACUGGCAUCACCCAUAGGGAAGAGCCGCGAUUCAACGCACCCACAGCAUGGACGUGUUACGUUCACGUUGCCAAGCAUUUCCUGAAGACGAUUCCCUCAGAAGGCCAUGCCAAGCUUGUGCAGGAAAACCUCUUUCCCCUGCUGGGGCACUUCCUCUUCCCAACCCCUGAAAAUGCGGCUUGGGAGAUUGGCGGUGCCGGACGGUUGGGCGUUCUCAGCGAAGUCUACCAGGUUGCCGCCGACGACUCGUCUGCGGACCUGGUUAAAGCAACUGCCGACAUGACGGAACAUUUGUCAUCCGAUUUCUGCACGAGGAUAUCCAACUCACUGCCUGAAGUAUCAUCAGGGUAUGAAAAGUCGCAAGAGUCAAUCGCUGCCGAGGGCGACCGGUGGUUCAAUCUAGUUGGCCAGGUUCAAACCAAAACCAAAGCCUCCACGACAGGUCCUGCAAAGCUGCUCAUUGGCCCCUCCAAAGCUAUCAUUACCUGCUCACUAAACCUUCUUGCGACCCGAAACUUGAAGCCGUUUGGUGCAGCUGGGGUUUUGUACAAUGUCGGCAAGAGUGCCCCGCGGGUUUGGGAAGAUGCCGAAGCUGCUCAAGCCUUGGAGCAGUUUCUCUCGAGCCAAGGUCGGGAGCGGAUGGAUGUUCUGAUGACUUCUCGAUCCGCACCGGAUCUCUUGAGCUGUGUGCCUAUCUUGGGUUCUCUGCAGGGCCAGGAGACAGCCUAUGCAUCCAUCUGGAAGACGUGGAUCGAGUCCCUGCUUGGCUUGUCUGACGAAAAGCUGGCCGCGAAAGGAAUCGAGCGCCUAAUCGCGAAUCGGCACGCAUCCGACCUGUCCAAAUCCCACGAGCAGCUACAAAGCUUCAUCGAAACGAAGUGCACCGGCACCAUCCGGGGCGAGUCAGAAUUUUGGUCGCUAUUCGAAGCGGGCCUGGGAAACGACGCCGUCACGGAAUCAACUGCGAAGAAGCUGGUUGACAGCAGUAUCUCCUACCUUUCUCAGGACAAACAGCACUCGGCCCAAGCGCUCAGGGCCUUGGAGAUCAUUGCCAACAACAAGCCGGGUCUUCUUUCACAAGACGAGUCAACUCAUACAGCGGUCGUUGCUGAGCUACUGGGGCUGGCUGAGCUCAACGACAGAGCCGUUUCGUCCCGCGCUGUUUCUUUGAGAGCUCUUUUGGAACACCCCGUGGACGGCACGUCGCCCUUGGUCACCAUCAUCCAGCGGAACCUGGAGGAUGCAGGACCGCAGUCCCUUGGAAUCGACACCUUGGUACAGCAGGCAUUGCAAGCAUCCAAAACCGGUUCAGCACUUGAGGAUCUAUUCCCCAGCACGAAUGUCUGGAUGCAGCAGCUGUCCAACUUCCUACAGGGAUCUCUCAACCCGUCUCUAUCCAUCACGAGCAGUCUGGGCGGAGCUCAUUUCCUGGUUCCGCCUGCAGAGUCAGCGCAGCGCGUCAGAGUACGGCGAGAUCGCGACGGUUACUCCGUUCCUGCGAGAAUGGCGGCGUACACCUCCAAACUGCUGUCAUCUGACAUUUCCGUUUCUACCCUACCCGAGAGCUUCCAGGUAGAAAUCCUUUACCUUCUCUGCGUUGCGGUCCAGAUAGUUUCCGACCAAAUUACGCUGAUGGACGAGAACAAGUUGUUCCUCAACCUGGAGACUGGCGAUGCUCUCAACGCUGCUGAGGCUUUUGUGUCGUCCACCAGGGUAACUAUCAACGCCAUCGCUGACGACGCCAAGGGAUGGAGAGAUGGCUCUGAUUCUGGCUCUACAAAACUCAUCAACGGUCUCAUCGCCAUUAUGACGCAAGAGACAAAGGAGCUCACUGCGCUUGGUCUGUACAGCGCCAGAGCCCUGAGCGAACUCCUUCAAACCCUCACCGAGAAGCAUGGCUUCCCCGCUGCAGGCGACGAGAAGAUUGCCCAGCUUGCCACAUUGAGAGCCACGCCCCCUACGAUUCUCUCAGCCACGGCGGUGCUCACCGGUCUUGGCGAAAGUCUUGAGUCUUCCAAAGCAAUUAACAACCUAUGCAACCGCCUCGUUAGUGACGUUGCCGGCGCAAGCAUCGAGCCAGAGAAGGCCGAAAAGGCACUCAUGAUCCUUAUCCUUCUGAAUGCCUGUCUGCAGGUCUACGAGGUGGGCGAAGUUCCCGUGGCUAACAACCGCAUUGUCUUUGCCGUCCGCCAAAUCACAUCUUGGCUUGAGGAUACCCUCAACCUCACACCGGCCCUCUCCGCAGAGAUUUGCCGCGCCCUACAACGACUUCUUCCAAGCAUAAAGGAGGUUUACGGCCCUCACUGGGAAAAGACGAUUGAGUUCUCUACGGCUCUCUGGGCCAAGGCCUCUGAUGACCGUCUUGAUGCUUCGCUACCGUAUAUCCACACAUCCCUCAAGCUCGUGUCAGCACUUGAGACCCUCUUGGACCCCAAUGACGAUCUCGAAGAUGCGCUGAAAGAGUUCGCAGAGACAAAGUCCCUCUCUCUGAUUGAACUCCUCAAACUGGACCGCGCAAAGAGCACCCAGCCUCUCGAGAUCGUAGACGCCAUCAUCUGCAGACAAGUCGACAAGAUCCCCCUCAAGCACAUCUCCGACCUCUCCGACCUGUACGGCCUCAUCGCCGCAGACUCCCGCUCGAUCCAAACCGCCGCCUUCAACCUCUUGCACCGCGCGCUCCCCGCCCGGCAAGAAGAGCUCUCUGUCAACGUCCUCCUCGACAAGACCGACGCCCGCCUCCCUGACGAGCUCCUCUCCCUCCUGCUCGAUGCCCCAACCCUCGACCGCUACCCCGACGAGCUCCUCGCCCAAUUCCCCCUCGCCAUCCGCUCCUACCUGCUCUCGUGGCACCUUAUCUUCGACGCCUUCAGCACCGCCUCCCUCAAGGUCCGCAACGACUACACCGAGCACCUCAAGACGGAGAACUACAUCGCCCCGCUGCUCAACUUCACCUUCGACGUGCUCGGCCACUCUGCCGCGCACCCGCUCAACCUCGAGCGCGAGGGCCUCGGCAUCGCGGAGAUCACCGCCUACGACCUCGCCGUCGCCGACGCCGAGCCCGACGAGCGCAACCUGCACUGGCUGCUCGUGCACCUCUACUACCUCACCCUCAAGUACACCCCCGGUCUCUUCAAGACCUGGUACCUCGACUGCCGCUCCAAGCAGACCCGCAUCGCCGUCGAGGGGUGGAUGACGCGCUACUUCUCCCCCAUCAUCGUCUCCGACGCCCUCGACGAGGUCGCCGCCUGGGCCGCGUCGCAGGAGGGCGAGUCCGCCGCCGACGACGAGAAGGAGCUCGUCGUCAAGGUCAGCAAGACGGGCAAGGAGAUCACCGCGGGCUACGAGGUCGACGAGAGCAUGGCCAGCAUCGCCGUCAAGGUGCCCGCGAGCUACCCCAUCGAGGGCGUCAGCGUCGUCGGCGUAAACCGCGUCGCCGUCAGCGAGAAGAAGUGGCAGAGCUGGCUGCUGACGACGCAGGGCGUCAUUACCUUCUCUAACGGAAGCAUAAUCGACGGCCUCUCCGCCUUCAAGCGCAACAUCGUCGGCGCCCUCAAGGGCCAGAGCGAGUGCGCCAUCUGCUACAGCAUCAUCUCGACCGACAAGAAGAUGCCCGACAAGCGCUGCGGCACGUGCAAGAACCUCUUCCACCGCACGUGUCUGUACAAGUGGUUCCAGAGCAGUAACCAAAACACCUGCCCGCUGUGCCGUAACCCGAUUGACUACCUUGGUGCCGAUACCAAGGCGCGCAGGGGUUAA